AUGGAUAAAACUGUGACUCAAAAUGAAAAGAAAAGGAGAGAAAAUCUGAAGAAACAAAAGGUGGCUAAGUUCUUUGAAAAACUCCACUACUCAAACAACCAUGGCACUCUCUUUUCAUCGGUCAGCAAAACUAGACUCGAGUUGACUAAAGAGGUACUUGGAGCAAUUCUGGAAGUUCCCACAAAAGGAAUGAGAGCUAUUGAAGGCAAAAUGAAAGCUUCAAGCAACUUCAAAAUCAUGAUUGCCAAUGAGGUAGUAAAAGAUGCACGUGCAAGGGCAGGACUCAACAAGAAAGAGCUAAAACUAGAGACUGAGGGUCGCACCAUCGCCUCCAUUGCAGACCUCGUGCUUAUAGAGGCAUUGGCUAAUUUCCUAUCCAUAAAACUUCCUACAAUCAUGAUUAAGCACAUAAUCAAAGUGGUGAAUGCGCCAGACAGAAAACAUGAGCUUCCAUACAGAUUCUUUCUAACCAAAGUGUUUGCACACUUCAAGGUUAAGACUGACAAAGCUACAAAGGGAUCCAAGAAGCAUAUGUUAUCCAUGGACACAUUAGAAGAAUGUGAUAGUGUACUGAGGAAAGAUGGCAUUGGAGCUGUGGACCCAGUCGUUGUUGGAAAAACUAGAGCAAAGCAAUAUUAUUCUAAUGAUGUGGAUAGAACAAAGAACAUGGGUGUUUUGCUCCAUGGUGAUGGUAGCUUUGCUGGACAAGGUGUUGUUUAUGAGACAUUGCAUUUAAGUGCUCUUCCAAAUUACACAACUGGUGGGACCAUUCACAUUGUAGUGAAUAAUCAAGUGGCCUUUACUACUGAUCCAAAGGCUGGAAGAUCUUCUCAAUACUGCACUGAUGUUGCUAAGGCUUUGAGUGCUCCAAUUUUCCAUGUCAAUGGCGAUGAUGUCGAGGGUGUUGUUCAUGCCUGUGAACUUGCUGCAGAAUGGCGCCAGACGUUCCACUCAGAUGUUGUGGUUGAUAUUGUCUGUUAUCGUCGAUUUGGUCACAAUGAGAUUGAUGAACCAUCCUUCACCCAGCCCAAGAUGUAUCAGGUCAUCAGAAGUCAUCCUUCUGCAUUAGAGAUCUAUCAAAACAAACUCCUACAAUAUGGUCAGGUGACAAAAGGUGACGUGGAAAAGAUACAGGAUAAGAUCAAUACGAUCCUUAAUGAGGAGUUCGUUGCUAGUAAAGACUAUGUCCCUCAAAAAAGGGAUUGGCUUUCAGCUUUUUGGUCUGGAUUUAAGUCACCUGCACAGCUUUCACGUGUCCGAAACACUGGUGUCAAACCUGAGAUCUUGAAGGAUGUCGGGAAAGCAAUCACAACCCUUCCAGAGGAUUUUAAGCCUCACAGAGCAGUAAAAAGGAUUUUUGAUGACCGUAAAAAAAUGAUUGAGACAGGCGAGGGCGUUGACUGGGCAGUGGGAGAGGCUCUUGCUUUUGCAACGUUGCUUGUGGAAGGAAAUCAUGUUAGGUUGAGUGGUCAGGAUGUUGAGAGGGGUACUUUCAGUCACAGACAUUCUGUUAUUCAUGAUCAGGAGACCGGGGCAAGGUACUGUCCUCUUGAUCAUGUUAUGAUGAACCAAAAUGAAGAGAUGUUCACAGUGAGCAACAGUUCUCUUUCAGAGUUUGGUGUUCUGGGUUUUGAACUGGGUUAUUCUAUGGAAAAUCCAAAUUCUUUGGUUCUUUGGGAAGCCCAAUUUGGUGAUUUUGCCAACGGGGCUCAAGUAAUAUUUGACCAGUUCUUGAGCAGUGGAGAGGCCAAGUGGUUGCGCCAGAGUGGGUUGGUUGUGCUCCUACCACAUGGCUAUGAUGGCCAGGGCCCUGAGCAUUCCAGUGCACGUUUGGAACGUUUCCUCCAGAUGAGUGAUGAUAACCCCUUUGUCAUCCCGGAUAUGGAGCCUACAUUAAGGAAGCAGAUCCAGGAAUGUAACUGGCAGGUGGUGAAUGUAACAACUCCUGCAAAUUAUUUCCAUGUUCUCAGGCGUCAGAUUCACAGAGAUUUCCGUAAACCUCUCAUUGUAAUGUCCCCAAAGAACUUGCUUCGUCACAAGGACUGCAAGUCAAACCUAUCGGAGUUUGAUGACGUCCAAGGCCACCCAGGUUUUGACAAACAAGGUACCAGGUUUAAGCGCUUAAUAAAAGAUCAGAAUGACCACUCAGAUCUUGAAGAGGGUAUCAGACGCCUGGUCCUUUGCUCCGGAAAGGUCUACUAUGAGCUUGAUGAGGAGAGAAAGAAAGUUGAGGGGAAAGACAUUGCAAUCUGUCGGGUGGAACAACUUUGUCCUUUCCCAUAUGACCUCGUUCAACGUGAAUUGAAGCGAUAUCCAAAUGCGGAGAUUGUUUGGUGCCAGGAAGAGCCAAUGAACAUGGGUGCAUAUUCGUACAUUGCACCACGGCUUUCUACUGCGAUGAAAGCACUGGGCAGAGGUACCAUAGAUGACAUAAAAUAUGUCGGUCGUGCUCCUUCUGCUGCCACAGCAACUGGUUUCUAUCAGGUUCAUGUGAAAGAACAGACCGGGCUUGUCCAGAAAGCGUUGCAACAGGAUCCAGUUAAUUCCCCAUGCGUUGCAACAGGAUCCAAUUAAUUCCCCAUUCUGAAGCUGAGGCUAUGUUGUAUUCGUUUGCACAAAGUACCAAGACUGAUGCUGAAAAUAAGAGAUUUAAUUCUACACAUUAUUUUGGGGUGAGAAUUUUGAUUCUUUGGGAAGCAGGGACAUUAUUUGUGCCUUUUGUCUUCUUCGUAGAGCUGUACAAAUAAAAUGUCAGAAACCAGGUUUCUGUUUCUCCGUUCAACACUUCAAUGAGACUGAAGUACAUGAUCUGUUUAAAGAGCUGGCUGUAUAUUUGCAAUCUUGUUUUACUCCAGUUUGUGAUUGACCAAUUUUAAUGAAAAAAGAAUAACAUCUCCUUAUUAUCCUA